GGGCAGUCCUUUGAUUCUUUCUCAACAAACAGAUUAGUACUUCGACUAAACAAAUAAACCAAACCAGUUGCUGCUGCUGCCAUGGCUAUGGAAACCUAUGCAUCAAGAAAUGUUGACAAAAUCCAUACGGAUGUCCUCUCUCAGUCAAGACAAGCUUGCUACAAGGCGCGAGAUGCUUUUUUCGCGUGUUUGGAGAAAGAGUCCGACAAGAAACCCACAGAAAUCGGGUCGGUGGGGCUUCAAUAUCCAGCUGAAUGUAAAAAAUCAAGGGUUGAGUUUGAGAAGAACUGCAGACCUGCUUGGGUGAAGCAUUUUGAUAGGCUGUAUUGUAGGAACAAGACAGCGCAGAGGUUGUUGGAAGAUAAGGAAAUCAGGAGAGGUCCGUUGUCGCUUCCUCAGCCUUACACUUUCAAGCCCACUUCUAGUUCUUAAUUUGAGCACCCUUUAUCUUUUUUAAAGGUUUUGGCAAUGUGGGUUUUCUUUAAAAUGUUAUUAUCUCCGAUGGAUGUUUUAAUAGAUUUGGUAAAACUGUACAGUUAUGGCAUUAUGAAUUACUAGUUAUUAGCCUGAUUAGUUAAGUAGCAAUGGUUAAGUUUUGAACAUAUGAUAAGGAAAUAGACUUGAAUUUCUGGUUUUGAGGUUAAUAAUGGUUGUGUUGUUUCUCUA